GCACCAACUAGGCCCAUUAGGGUUGACAGCCAAACUCGGCACCUAUAAAUGCUCCUCUCGCUCCCAAUGGCGCCGCCUUCGCCCGCCGCCUUCCCUCCUCCUCUCCGUAGGCUAGGUUAGGCUAGGGUUUCGACGAGCUCGCGAAAAUGGUGGCCUUCAGGUUCCAUCAGUACCAGGUGGUGGGCCGUGCGCUGCCGACGCCCGGCGACGAGCACCCCAAGAUCUACCGCAUGAAGCUCUGGACCACCAACGAGGUCCGCGCCAAGAGCAAGUUCUGGUAUUUCCUGAGGAAGCUGAAGAAGGUGAAGAAGAGCAACGGCCAGGUGCUAGCCAUCAACGAGAUCUUUGAGCGUAACCCAACAACGAUCAAGAACUACGGCAUCUGGCUACGCUACCAGAGCAGAACCGGCUACCACAACAUGUACAAGGAGUACCGUGACACUACUCUGAAUGGUGCUGUGGAGCAGAUGUACACUGAGAUGGCUUCUCGCCACCGCGUGAGAUCCCCUUGCAUCCAGAUCAUCAAGACCCUGACAGUCGAUUACAAGAUGUGCAAAAGGGACAACACCAAGCAGUUCCACAAUGCCCAGAUCAAGUUCCCCCUCGUGUACCGCAAGGUCAGGCCACCAACCAGGAAACUGAAGACCACAUUCAAGGCGUCGAGGCCAAACCUGUUCAUGUGAUUGGGCUGUGCUGGAUGUUGUGGUUCGGUGUUUGGAAGCAUUAUAGUCACAAAGUUUUAUGUUUGUUAAGUUUUGAUGUGCUUAACCUCAGCCGUUUGAUGAUUCAUCACCCGUUUUGAAA